CUGGCAGAAUACUGGUGCCGCCUUCACUAAACUAGCGUAGCCUGGGGACCGGUAGGUCCGGAAGAAAAUUACUAUUCUGAAAAAAAAGGUAUCCGCUAAUAUAAUCAUGUAUGUACAGUUUCAUAUUUGGCAAAAACGAUAGACCCAUAAAGACACCGGUGAUGGAAAGAAGGUCUCGGAAGGAGCAGACUGGGCCGGCUUCCGUUUGAUAUCAGCGCACAUUACAGGGAAGCAUCGGACAAGUACUCGCAAAGUGCACUUGAUUUGACACCACGUACUAUAGAGACUAGUUUUUUUUUCUCUGUUCCCACCUUGUGUUUUGUGGAUUUUUUGGAAUAGACGUAGUCUUGUGGGACACCCUUUUGUUUUUUUUCAGUCACCCAUACCACGGUUUCUUUUUAAACUGGAUUGGUCAGCAGCUGGCAGCUAGUGCUGCAUAAUUUGAAACCACCCACAAAUGUCCUCAGAGGUGGUGUCAGAAGUGCAGGUGUCUCUGAAGGAACUUCCCAUGGACAGCUGGAUGGAUCACCUGCCCUGUGCUCUAUGGGACGUUCCCCUGAGGAACCUAGCUAUACCAGGAAGCCAUAAUGCCAUAACCUACUGUCUGGAUAGGAGUGACCGCUCCCCUGUCGACCUGACCCAACCUGAUUUGCUGCAGAAGCUAGACAAAUACAUGAAGCCCCUGAUACGACCGUUUGUUUAUAAAUGGGCAGUUACACAGGAGGCGACAGUGAAGGAGCAGCUAGACUGUGGCGUCAGAUAUCUUGACCUGAGGAUUGCACAUCGACCCAACGACACCUCUACUGACCUGUACUUCUACCAUGGAGUAUACACUACGCUCACAGUAGAGACCGUUCUUCAGGAGAUCAGAUCCUGGCUAGAUGUCCAUUCUAGAGAGGUGGUUCUGCUGUCCUUCAGUCACUUCCUGGGUCUGAACCAGGACCUCCACACUGGACUUAUAUCCACCAUCAGAACCAUCUUCACCGCCAGGCUCUGUCCAACUACGGAAGUGGUGACGCUGAGGAACCUGUGGUCGUUGGGUUACCAGGUGAUUGUCUCCUAUGAGCACAGCAUGGUCAGCCUCUAUAGCGACCUUUGGCCUCACAUCCCCUACUGGUGGGCCAACAAGUGUAAAGCUGAGGCUCUGAUCGAGGAGUUCGAACACAGGAAACAACAUGGCCGCCCAGGAGGGUUCUUUGUGACGGGCAUCAACCUGACAGAGGAUCUGAAGUACAUCUGUUCUCACCCCACUGAGUCUCUGAAGGACCUGGUGAUGUCCACCUACCCUGCCCUGCUCUCCUGGGUCAGGGGCCAGAGCCCCGGCUCCGACUCCCGCUCCCUCAACAUCAUAGCUGGGGACUUUGUCUCAGAGAGCCACUUCGUACCCACCGUCAUCGCACUGAAUCAACAUUUAGUCCACUGCACUGGUCCUUGUGAUGUUAGCAGAGGAAACUGACCCAGCUGCUGUGUCCCAAAUGACACCAUAUUACCUCUGUAGCCCAUAGGCCUCUGGUCAAAGUCAUGUGUGUAGGGAAUAGGGUGCCAUUUGGGAUGCAUUAUCUGACACAUCUUAUUGCACAGAAUACCAUGUUUUAACUAUGCUGUAGAAGAGGAUGGGACUGCAGCAUGAUACCAUGUUUUAACUAUGCUGUAGAAGAAGAUGGGACUGCAGCAUGAUACCAUGUUUUAACUAUGCUGUAGAAGAGGAUGGGACUGCAGCAUGAUACCAUGUUUUAACUAUGCUGUAGAAGAGGAUGGGACUGCAGCAUGAUACCAUGUUUUAACUAUGCUGUAGAAGAGGAUGGGACUGCAGCAUGAUACCAUGUUUUAACUAUGCUGUAGAAGAGGAUGGGACUGCAGCAUGAUGUAAUAGAACUUUGCUUGUAAAAAAA